GCGUUUGCAAAAAAAAAAAAAAAAAAAAUAGGUUUGCAUCAACAGCUGGCAAAAAAGAAAAAGAAAAAUCAAAACCGGCGAGACGGAAAAUUUCAGCGUUUCCGAACUUUCCAUUAGAGUCGCGAGACGAUAGAUGAGACUCGUUCCAGAAAUUUAAUCGUUGCUUCUCUUCCCAGCUGAUCUGCGUCCAACAUCACUGUUUCCAGGAUCUUCAGAAUCAGCGAAGGAAGAAGAUAAGAGGACGACGAAGUAAUUGAAGUUGGAGAAUCGCACAUUUGGCUCUCGAUAUUUGCUCAAUGACUUCUUAUUCGAGGUAGCCUUCAAUUUAGGAUCGGAGUUCGUAAAUAAGGUGAUUUAGCGAAGAUGAUGGUCGAAGAUCUUGGUGUGGAAGCGAAGGAAGCGGCUGUGCGAGAAGUGGCGAAGCUCUUACCCUUACCUGAACUUUUGCAGUCUAUUUCUUCAAUCAAGGCCGAUUACAUCGCUCGUCAACAGGCAAAUGAUGCACAGCUCAGUACUAUGGUUGCUGAGCAGGUUGAACAAGCUCAAGCUGGGUUAGAGUCACUUUCAUCAUCUGAGAAAACCAUUUAUGAACUGCGGGAUAAUUUCAUUUCUAUCGACAAGCUUUGUCAGGAAUGUCAAACUUUGAUUGACAAUCAUGACCAAAUAAAGCUGCUGAGUAACGCCAGGAAUAAUCUAAACAAAACUCUAAAGGAUGUAGAAGGUAUGAUGUCAAUUUCUGUUGAAGCUGCUGCGGCUAGGGAUUCUUUGAGUGAUGAUAAAGAAAUCGUUAACACUUAUGAGAGAUUAACAGCACUUGAUGGUAAACGAAGAUUUGCAUUAGCAGCUGCUGGAGAGGAGGUUGGGAGGCUGAGGGAGUAUUUUGAAGAUGUUGAUAGAACAUGGGAAACAUUCGAGAAGACACUAUGGGGUCAUGUUUCCAACUAUUACAAACUUUCUAAAGAAAGAUAUCAAAUCUUACAUAUCCUUUUGGUUUAUCUUAAACUUACUGAUGUAUCUUUGUUCUGCAGUCCGCAAACACUGGUUCGUGCUUUGAGGUAUGAUCCCCCACCAGAGACAUUCUUUACCUUUGUCUAUGGCAUAUAUUCCCAAAUUAUUACGUUUCAGGUUGUUGAGAUGCAAGAAAUUCUAGACCAACAGCUUGCUGAAGAAGCAGCAGAGGCUGAGGGAGAAGGUGCGAUGGCAUCUGUAGCAAAUCCUCGAAGGCCUGGCAAGAAAUCUACUACAACGUCAGCGUCGUCAAAGGGUCUUGCUCAACAGAAAUUAAAAGUCCAAGGGAAAGGCUACAAGGACAAAUGCUACGAGCAAAUUCGGAAGGCGGUUGAAGAUCGAUUCAACAGGCUUUUGACGCUUGUCUUUGAAGAUCUAAAAGCAGCUUUGGAAGAAGCUAGAAUGAUUGGAGAGGAACUUGGAGAUAUUUAUGACUAUGUGGCUCCUUGUUUUCCUCCAAGAUACGAGAUAUUUCAGCUUAUGGUGAACCUGUAUACCGAGAGAUUCAUACAAAUGCUCAGAUUGCUCAGUGACAGAGCAAACGAUCUGACAAAUAUAGAGAUUUUAAAGGUGACUGGUUGGGUGGUAGAGUACCAAGAAAACUUGAUUGCACUUGGUGUUGAUGAUUCACUAGCUCAAGUGUGUUCUGAGAGCGGUUCAAUGGAUCCUCUAAUGAAUGCAUAUGUUGAAAGAAUGCAAGCUACAACGAAGAAAUGGUACAUGAAUAUCCUAGAGGCGGAUAAGGUGCAACCACCUAAAAAAACUGAGGAAGGAAAAUUAUAUACACCGGCUGCUGUAGAUUUAUUCAGAAUACUUGGAGAGCAAGUUAUGAUUGAUUUCCAAGCAGCUGAAAAGAAGAGAGUUGAUGAACCUGCAUCUGAUAUUGGUCUGGAACCUCUAUGCGCUAUGAUAAACAACAACCUUCGCUGCUACGACCUUGCCAUGGAGUUAAGUAAUAGCACUUUAGAAGCUCUUCCACAAAAUUAUGCAGAGCAGGUGAAUUUUGAAGACACUUGCAAAGGUUUCUUGGAGGUGGCUAAGGAAGCAGUGCAUCAAACAGUUCGCGUUAUCUUUGAGGAUCCAGGAGUUCAGGAAUUACUUGUCAAGCUUUACCAGAAAGAAUGGUGCGAGGGACAGGUUACCGAGUACCUCGUGGCAACUUUCGGUGAUUAUUUCACAGAUGUGAAAAUGUAUGUCGAAGAAAGAUCAUUUAGAAGAUUUGUCGAAGCAUGUUUGGAAGAAACAGUCGUUGUCUAUGUUGACCAUCUCCUAACUCAGAAAAACUACAUCAAGGAAGAAACUAUUGAACGGAUGAGGCUAGAUGAAGAGGUUCUCAUGGAUUUCUUUAGGGAGUAUAUAAGUGCAUCUAAAGUGGAGAGCAGAAUCAGAAUAAUGAGCGAUCUGAGAGAACUUGCAUCUGCAGAGAGUCUAGAUGCAUUUACACUCGUGUACUCGAAUAUUCUAGAGCACCAGCCUGACUGCCCGGCCGAGGUCGUAGAGAAGCUUGUUAGUCUGCGUGAAGGCAUACCACGGAAGGACACAAAAGAGGUGGUACAAGAGUGCAAAGAGAUAUAUGAGAACACACUGGUAGAUGGUAAUCCUCCAAAGACAGGAUUUGUAUUCCCGAGAGUCAAGUGCUUAACUGCUUCCAAAGGAUCUAUGUGGCGAAAACUCACUUAAUCUGUAAAACAGCGUUCAGCGUUUGCGUCCGUAACUGCUUUUCUAGUUGAGAUGAUGUUCUUUCUCCAAAUUAUGGCGUUUGCGUCCAUGUCUUCUUUUUCUUUGCAUGGUAUCUUUCCUCUGUAAAUUCUGUGUUUUCUCUUGUUUUGUUCUUUUUCUUACCUUUAUUCCUGGAUUUGAAAGUUGAAACGCUCGGUGGCCACUUGCACUAGGAUAUUAUCCCGUUGUAUUUAGGAGGCGUAUUUUUUUGUCGCAAAUUUUAAUUCUACUGUUUCAUUUAAUUUUGAUAAAAUCUUCUUAAAGUU